AUGUCGUCUUGGGUUUCUGCCUGUAAACGCCUUGCCAACGCUGUUAAAGAGGAAUGCCCCUCUCGAGAUCCAGCAGCAUCAGCAGCCUGUGGAGAAGUUCAACCUGCACCACCACCAACACUACGAGAGAUAGGGUCGAACUGCGCACGCAGGCACCCGUUUUCACAGCGUUCACGAGCAGAGGCAGUUCUGACCUCAUUAUCAGAACGGUUUUCGCCGACAGCGACAUGUGGAGCGGGAUCAGUUGCUGCUGCUAUAGCAGCAGCUGAAACAACGGGACCACAGGCGUCAACGAGUCACGGUGGCGCCAUUUCGUGGUCGCGGGUGCCUGGGUUUUGCGGAUCGUGUGGGUACCCCACUUCCCGUUGGUCGUCGCCUAAUGGUGAUCCGCCCUGGAUGCCACUAAGCCGUCAUUCCCGUGUCCACCUGAGGCUGCUAUGGGAUUUUUACGCUUCAUCUCUCCCUACGAGCUGCUCAUUGAUGCAGGAGGCCAUUAGGCUAGGCGAUCAUUCGGCCCUGAGGGCCGAGGCAGCCCUGUUGUCGCUUAUCUCAAGAGCUUUGGGCUUCACCAACCUCGCUGUAUCCGCCAGACGAGUGGCUGAAAUUUGUGACCUAAAAGAUGCAGGGGCGCCCAACCCGUCGUGGGGGCCCACCCAUCCUUUAGCUGCUGUAGAAUGGGUUGAUAUUUCUCGUCUUGACACGAGUGAAUCAAAAUGGGUUGUGCAGCAAGAGCAACAACAACGCAUUGCCUGCAACUGUAGCAGCCACUACAGCACCGAUGCAGGGUUCGGCAAUGGGCAGCUUGAGGCUUGCUUGUCUGAAUGCCGAAGACAUGUGAGCAUUGCUGGCCGUGCCUACAGCAACAAAGCCAUCGGAAGUUCAGCAACGAAGAAAGGAUUUGCUGAUCCAGGAGGGCAGCAUGCAGAGACGAUACAUGUAGCAGGACCCAGGAGCUUCUCUUUUUCAGGGGGAUGCAACGAACGGGUGCUUCCAAGCCCGAGUGCGCGGGCUUCGCGUCAUUACACUUGCCAGCAGCAUCACUGCUCUGCUCAGCGAAACAGAAACCAACACGAGCGCGAGCAGGACACGCUGUCGAAAGAGCAGCAACACGGGCCCUUCAUUUUAAAAGGGCCGGCGAACCGCCGCCAUUUACCACUUCAGCGUCUUCCCCUAGACAGUAUGCAGCAGGCUUCUCUUGGACACCAGAGGCAGGUGGCGAGAAGGAAACGAAAGUGUUGUGCUUCGGCCCGUUUUGAUGUUCUGCAUAAUUCAGUGGGGGCCUUCGGUGAAGCGGUUUCGGUUUGCUUUAUGGAUCUCCAUGCGGCGAAGGCUAAACUAGCCCCCCUGUUCCAGGAGGGCACACCUGCCGUCUCUGAGGCUGCCUCUGCUGCUGCUUUUAGAGACAAGGCAGCAACACAAAAGACGAAUUAUGAAGCUUCUCUAAGCAACUAUUUGGAAGCUCUACAACAUCCCAUGGGGGUUCUACCAGCGGUAACAGCAGCAGUAAGGCCAGGGGCAGUAGACAUAGCAAAAGACGCCAGUUUGGUAGGAGCGACGACAACGAGGAAAACAGCAACAACGAAAGCAUUAAUUGCAGUAGUAUCAGUAGUGGGAGCCGCAAAAGCGGCAAUCACAGCAGCAAGAGCAGCCUGGAGGCAUGCUGAAGUAUGGGGUUGCAUUGGUGUACAUGCCCUUGCUGGCUGCGCCUCUUCUGUUGCUCCUGAUGCAUUGGUGUGGUUUGCCCAUUCUCUCUCAAGUACCUGGAAGCGUGUUGGUGCGCCCCUCCAUCUAGUUUUUACAGCUAGUGAAAAAGCCGCUGUUACGGCUGCGGCAAGUUCAUCUGCUGCGGCAAGUUCAUCUGCAAUAAGUGCUACGAAGGCAGCUAUUGCAGCAGCUCAGGAGAGGUGUUUCACUCACCUGCAAAGGGCCGCUUUGCCGCUGGGGCAGUGGCCGAGGAAAACCUGGAUCUCAGGCGAAGUUUUCAGUGGGUCAGCCCUGCUACUGCAAUUGCUAAGGCAACUCUUCGUAGCAGUGGAGGUAGCAGCAAGUAGAAGAUGGGAUUAUUCUCGCUGCCUUGUGAAGCGGAUGUCGCAGCAUUUUGUUGCCACACUGCAACAGAUAAUGCGUCUGCUAACUUCAUGGGGGCACCCAGGGUUUGUAGAACAUGACACAUCUACAUCACCGAGCCUCUGGAGGGGCAACAGUUGCAGCACCAGUAGGAACUAUAGGAGCAGAGGAAAUAGCUGUAGACGGGUCAACAGGGGCCGGAGUGGCACCCCCUGGACAACCCGUAAAGGGUUAAGGCCGAGAUGCUCGAUGCCCGCCACCUGCUGGUCCCUCAUGGAGAACACCAUGGCUGUCAAGGCCACCGCAAAGCCAGCUGAAUCUCGUGUCUCGGACCUGUUGCUGCCAACGUCCCCGGAAGAGGCAAAACAGCAGGAGGACUUGGUCGAACAGCAACUGCUGCAGCACCAUAUACAGGUAGGGCCGCUGCGUCCCUCUUGUGAACUCGCUAGACCAUCAAGUCCCCGAGUUGCAUUCCGUGACCCCACUGCUUCGGCACAGUUCCUGAAUGGCCCUUCACCAGACAUGGGGUCCACAGGCUUAGAUAAGGGCUCUAAGCCAUGCGGGGGAGGUCUUUGGAGAGACGGCUCUUUUAGAAGAUUCGCCCAGGCGGGCGGAGCGACGCGAGCAGCUGCAGCAGGAGCAGCGGCUGCUGCUGCCACUGCUUCAUGGGGUGCCGGUGUUUCGCUGCCCAGGCAUAUUAGGAGCCAAGGACCUCAGCGGCAUAGCUCAUUUCAAACAGGCAGCGAAGAAGCGCGUUCAACACACGCGCCAUUGCAGACGGUCAUCUGGGGGCACCCGAAAGGAUCACUGUUCCCAGGACUCGCGCAGGAUAGCGACUCUCAAACGCCCUGA